GCCUCAGGCCGAGAGCGCGGGAAAGGCCUCGGAAGGCAAGCGGGCGGCGGCGGCGGGCCGCGACCCACGGUGAGGUGGAGAAAAUGCCUCUGUCACAAAAGCCGAUGAGAUACGGGCACACGGAAGGCCACACUGAUGUCUGCUUUGAUGACGCUGGAAGCUGCAUUGUGACCUGUGGCAGUGAUGGAGAUGUCAGGAUUUGGGACAGUCUAGAUGAUGAUGACCCCAAGUCCAUUAAUGUGGGAGAAAAAGCCUACUCGUUUGCUCUCAAGAAUGGAAGAUUGGUCACCGCAGUCUCUAACAACACCGUCCAGGUCCAUACAUUUCCAGAAGGCAAUCCAGAUGGCAUCCUGACACGGUUCACCAUGAAUGCAAACCAUGUGGUUUUCAAUGCUGAUGGGAGUAAAGUAGCUGCUGGAUCCAGUGACUUCCUGGUGAAGAUUGUGGAAGUGAUGGACAGCAGCCAGCAGAAGACAUUCCGAGGACAUGAUGCCCCAGUCUUAAGCGUGUCCUUCGAUCCAAAAGACACUUUUCUGGCAUCAGCGAGUUGUGAUGGAUCUGUCAGAGUAUGGAAAAUUUCAGAACAGGCUUGUGAAAAAGCAUGGCCCUUGCUGGAGAAAUGCAACGAUGUGGUAAAUGCAAAAUCAAUAUGUAGACUCUCCUGGCAACCAAAACAAGGAAAGUUCCUGGCCGUUCCAGUAGAGAAAGUCGUUAAACUAUACAGAAGAGACACUUGGGAUCACCAACUGGAUUUGUCAGAUGAUUUCAUUACACAGCCUCUCAAUGUGGUCGCCUGGUCUCCAUGUGGGCAGCACGUGGCAGCUGGAAGUAUCGGUGGCUACAUCGUCGUUUGGAAUGUCAACACCCAGCAGUGUCUGAACAGGGUGAAGCACGAAAAGGGUUACACCAUCUGCAGUCUGGCAUGGCACCCCAAAGGAGAUCAGAUUGCUUAUACAGACAUGGAGGGCAAUCUGGGUCUACUUGAGAAUGUCUGUGAUGGAGAUGGAAAGAAGUCAAACCAAAAGGCUUCAGUUCCUGCUCCCAAAACCUAUGACGAUCUUUUCGAUGAGGACGGCAAUGAGGAUUUUCUGGAGGGUGACUUGACUGGGGAAGACUGGGGUUCAAAGCCAGUGAUCAAUGAUGAAGAUGAAGAUGAAGACCUUUUGAUGGCUUCAGGACGUCUGAAGAACAGAGGAGCCCGAAUAGAGGAUGACGAGAACUCUGUUGAUAUCGGAUUGCUGAAAGUGAAUCCUGCCCUUGAUAAGGAGGAAGAGGAGGAGGAUCCAGAUGGCCUCGUUCCAGUCCAGCCUCUAUCGUCAACCCAAAGGACUUUCUAUGACGGGCCAAUGCCAACUCCUCGGCAAAAGCCAUUUCAGUCUGGCUCCACCCCAGUACAUCUCACACACCGUUUCAUGGUGUGGAACUCUGUUGGUAUCAUCCGAUGCUAUAACGACGAGCAGGGCAACGCCAUUGAUGUUGAAUUCCACGACACCGCGGUCCAUCAUGCAAUGCACCUGCCUAAUUCUUUGAAUCACACCAUGGCAGACCUUUCCAACGAAGCUCUUCUACUGGCCUGCGAGAGCACAGAUGACCUAGCAAGCAAACUUCACUGCAUCCAUUUUAAUUCCUGGGAUUCCAAUAAAGAAUGGACAGUUGACAUGCUACCUGAGGAAGAUAUUGAAGCGAUUUGUUUGGGCCAGGGCUGGGCGGCCUGUGCCACCAGCACCCUCCUGCUUCGCCUCUUCACCACUGGGGGAGUCCAGAAAGAGGUGUUCAGCCUCCCAGGACCAGUGGUAUCCAUGGCGGGACACGGAGAGCAGCUGCUGCUGACAUUCCACAAAGGCACUGGCUUUGAAGGGGAUCAGAAUCUCGGGGUACAGCUGAUAGAGUUUGGAAAAAAGAAGAAACAGGUUUUACAUGGCGACCCACUUCCCCUUUCCAGGAAAUCCUACCUAACAUGGGUGGGAUUUUCCGCAGAAGGUACCCCUUGUUACGUGGAUUCCCAGGGCAUUGUACGCAUGUUAAACAGAGGGCUUGGUAAUACUUGGACUCCGGUCUGUGACACAAGGGAGCACUGCAAAGGGAAGUCCGACCACUACUGGAUUGUGGGUGUUCAUGAAAACCCUCAGCAGCUCAGAUGCAUUCCUUGUAAAGGAGCCCGUUUCCCCCCGACGCUUCCACGUCCUGCUGUUGCCGUGCUGCCUUUCAAGCUUCCGUUUUGUCAGACGGCAACCGAUAAGGGACAAAUGGAGGAGCAGUUUUGGCGCUCCAUCCUGUUUCACAAUUACCUGGACUUCUUUUCCCAAAAUGGAUACGAAUAUGAUGAAAGUGUCAAAAGUCAUGCCAUCCAAGAACAGCAGAACCUCCUAAUGAAAAUGUUUGCACUUUCCUGCACGCUGGAACGUGAAUUUCGCUGUAUGGAGCUGGCAGAGCUCAUGACUCCAAAUGCCACCAGCCUAGCCAUCAAGUACGCCUCACGCUCUCGGAGGCUGAUUCUCGCCCAGCGGCUCAGUGAACUGGCAGCGGAGAGGGCAGCAGAACUGGCAGCUGCUGAAGGACCUGGGAAGGAAGAAGAGGAGGAGGAGGCGGUGCCACCACCGGAUUUCAGACACCAUCUCAAUAACAGUUACAGUAAGACCCCCACAGAAUGGAGCCAUGCUCGGGCGAGGAACCUUCAACGCCAGCAAAGUAUGGAGACCUAUGAGGAAGCUGGGGAUGAGGAGGAAGACACAUCUGAAGGAACAAAACCGAGAUCUCCCCUGCUCUGUGGAACCGCCUCUACUCCCAAGUCUGCUGGAGUUGUACCUACCAAUCAAGGAAGGAUCAAUCCUUUCAAGCUUUCCAGUAGCCAAAAGGAUUCGCUCGUUCCCUCGGUGAAUAUUCUGGACAGUAUGGCCAAACUGCCCAAGAAAACUCCUUCGCCAGCCAGCCGAGCUGCUCCCAGCAAAGAGAAGGGUCCCGUGAUAAAGCCGUUGGCGCCCAAGGCGAAGUCAAAGCAGGCGGCGGCAGCAGCAUUUUUCCAACCCCGAGCAUCUGCCAUGGAAAAGAAUAUCACAGAAGAGAAGGGAGAAAAACUUGAAUCAAAAAAGAAAACCGCAGAAGAGAAAAGAGAAAAACUGGAAACUAUCCCACCUGAGUCAAAAAAUUUGACGGAGGAUAAUGACAGUAAAAGGCCAAAGACUGGAUUCCAGAUGUGGCUCGAAGAGAACAGAAGUCAUAUUUUGGCAGAUAACCCUGAGUUUGAAGAAACAGAGAUAAUAAAAGAAGGCAUGAGCCGAUUCAGGAUGUUGUCUGCAGAAGAAAGGAUGGCUUGGACGGAAAAAGCCAAAGGAAAAGCCACCGUCGAUCCCACUGAAGGAAAGAAACGGAAGCGCCUUGAGGGUGUGAACCGGGACGGGCAAGAAAGCCAAGGAGCAAAAUUAAACGAGGACUCAAGCUCGGCAAAAAAAUCCAAAUCCUUUCAGCAAUCUACCAUCACGAAACUAUCCGCGUUUGCCUACAAGCCAAGCUAGGCCACGUGGAUCCUUUUCGUGGCCUCUUCAACGGUCCCUUGCAGAAACCCAACAACUGGUCUUGCCAACGACGGCUGAAGGACAGUAAUAUGGCUGCUCCGAGUGGAGCAUUUAGGCAAAGAAGCUCUCUGUGGAUGAGUGUAGUAGCUCCGUCUUUAUCUGUGUUACAUAGAGUAGGUGUACAUUUAGUCUGUAGGUGUUCAGGUGUAGUGACAUUUUAUGCCGUGUGAAAUGUAAAGGUGCUGUCAGGAGGUCUGCCUCAGAGGCUGAAAUCCUGAUACUCCAUGUAGUAAGUUGCCCUUGAGUAAACUCAUUGACUCAGGGGAGAUCUGUUGAUUCAACUCCUCUGUAAGUUCCAUGGAUUCAAAUGGGGCCUACUCUAGUUGAGAGUUCCUGGAACCUAGUAAGCCACAACGAGAGUAGACCCAUUUGAAUCCAUGGAAUUUCUGGAGGAAUUGAUUCAAGGGACCUGUUCUUAGACUAAGCAACAGGAAUUCACCCAGUGAGUCAGAACCAAAUACUUCUUGAGUAUGAUUGAUGCACAAUGUGCACAGAGAAGAAGAGACGGGACCAAAGCCGAAAGGCAGUGGUGGGCGAGAGAACGCGGGCCUGCCCAGCUGACACUCAAUUACCAUUCUAGUGUAAGCUUGUUGAUGCAGCUGAGAUUGAGGCAUGCUGAGUAACCCCAUGAGGAAGGGAAGCAUGCGAGCCCUGCCCUUGGUUGCCUUGUACGUCUGGAGAGUGAUGGGCCUAAAAAAGGAGAACCUCUGCUCUCCGCAGAGGCUUUCCGCCUGAGUUCAGACCCUGCAGUGCCGGAAUUCGAACUCGCACCCCGCAGCCAGCCACAGGAAUGAUGCUCACGUAGGACAAACCUAGCACACUCCCCCUUGUGCAUCAGUUUGGCACGUGUAAACCAAGCAUGUAUAGGACUGAUAGGGUUUCUUAUCCCAAGCAUUGGCUCUGUUCAUCCAUUCUGAAACUUUUCCUGCUUGCCUUCUUGUGUACUGAGAGGUGAGUUUGUCCUGAACUGGACUCGCUCAGCUCACAUCUAGCUUUUGUGACUCGUCUGUAGCCCUAUAUGGCAUACAGAAGGGAUCUCUCCCCCUUUGUCAUAGAGGGCAUCGCUGGUUAGAACUGUGUUCCACAUGGUCGUCAGGCAGCCCUCGGCUCAGAUUAUCGGGCGACCAUGUUUUCCCUUUCCCCAGCUCUCAGAAUAGUCGGGGUGGGGUGGAGAAGGUUUGUUUGU